CGAGGAUCUUAUUCGUUUCUCUCUUUUGCACGCUAUUACAAAAGAAAAAGAAAGCUCAUCGGUUUCUCAGAUCCACUUUCUUCUUCUUUGCGUUAAUCUCUUGUUUGGUAAGGAAUCUUCUCCUUUCCUCUGUGAUCUAUUGUUAUGUUAUAUAAAGUUGGUUGCUUUAAAGGUUUUUGUCUUUGUUGUUCUCUUGUGUGAAGCUCUGAGACAUGGCUUCAAAGAGGAUUUUGAAAGAGCUUAAGGAUUUGCAAAAGGAUCCUCCUUCUAACUGUAGCGCAGGUCCUGUGGCUGAGGACAUGUUCCAUUGGCAAGCAACUAUCAUGGGACCUCCUGAUAGUCCUUAUGCCGGAGGAGUCUUUUUGGUGUCCAUUCACUUUCCUCCGGAUUACCCUUUCAAGCCACCUAAGGUGUCUUUUAAGACAAGGGUUUACCAUCCAAACAUCAACAGCAAUGGAAGCAUUUGCCUUGAUAUCUUGAAAGAACAGUGGAGUCCUGCUCUUACCAUAUCCAAGGUUUUGUUGUCGAUUUGCUCGUUGUUGACAGACCCGAACCCAGAUGAUCCUCUUGUGCCAGAGAUUGCGCAUAUGUACAAGACUGAUAAAGCCAAGUACGAGUCAACUGCUCGAAGCUGGACACAGAAGUACGCCAUGGGAUGAGAAAGACUUGGACUCAAAUGGUCGAGACAAUCAAAGCAUAACGUUAUUACUCAUCUAUAUAUAUCA